ACGCCCAUCGGCCCCCCUGGUGUGAGAGCAGAGCAGGGAUUGGUGGCCCAGUGUAGGACGCAGCCCUGGCCGGGGAGCUGCUCCUGGGGACCACCACCAAGCCAGGAUGCUCCAGGAGAUGCCAGCUGCUGCUGUGCUGACCCUGCACCAGGGCAGCUGGGCGGGGCAUCAGACCAGUUGCUCCAGCCCCAAACACGCCAACUGCCCCAGUCUAAGUAAGGGAAAUCCUCCUCAGUCAUAAGCAGUACAGGGGCUAGGAGACACAGAUAAAUGCGGAUGAUUCUAGGGGCAGUGGGAUGCGUGCACACACACACACACACACACACACCAGCCUGUCUCUCACACAGUUAAUAGCACAUGCUCAAACACACACACACCCAUCCGGCCCUCAUCCCCGGCCUCUCACUGCAGCCAUCUCAAACGAUGGCCACAAAACUUUCAACCACCCCCUGGGGCUGACGCUUCCGGAGGAUGCUGAGGCUGAGCUGAGCUGGCCCCACGGAGCUGCCCAGAGAGCAGGGACCAUGGAGCAGCUGCCAGCCCUGAGCACCGUCCUCUGCAUUGUCCUCCUCAUCCCCACCGGGGGAGCAGGUCUCACAGUCCUUCAGAGCCCUGCUGCCCUCCAAGCGUCCCCCGGCGAGACCAUGACACUUAACUGCUCCUUCGAGAACACACAGGGCAGCGUGGCCAAAGCGACCUGGACUAUAGCACCCGGAGUCGUGCUGGAUUCUGCCCAUCCCUUCUACAGCGGGCGGCUCCGUGCAUCCCACCUGGAUCUGCUCCAGAAAGGGGAGGCCACGCUGACCCUGUCGGAGCUGGAGCUGCGGGACUCUGGUCUCUACCAGUGUCAGAUCAGCAUCCACCGGGGAGAGAGCGGUACGGGAGCAGGCACCGAGCUGCAGGUGACGGGGAGAAACCAGAGUGACACAGGUGAGGUGGGGAAAGGGGACACGGGGCCUUCCCCCUCUGUGGGGUGCCGGCGCCGAUCCGGCCCCAGGAUGGGGGACUGGCUGGCUCAGGAGGUGGGAAUGGGGCACGGGGCCUGUCCCCUCUAGGGGCCAUUGGUCCAGGAAUCUCCUAACCCCUCGUUUCUAUUGUCUAGGGGCUCCAGGCGGACGUGAGCUCUGUCGGGACUCGGGGCCCCUCGUUUACCGAGCCGUCAUCUGCCUGUCGCUCGUCGUUCUCUUCUCCCUGGGAAUCAUCCUCAGCCUGCGGCCUUGGAACGGUACCGGCUCCCCAUGGGUUCCGCCUUCACUUCCUGUCUCAAACAGUUUCAUGGCAUCGCUGUGUGGGCUGGUAACCAGCCCCUGCCCCACCCCAGAGCCAGCUGCUUCUCAGCACCAGGCAAGGGGUCCCUAGAUAACCAGCCCCUGCCCCACCCCAGAGGGGCCGUGUCUCAGCGCUGGGUAAGGGGUCCCUGUAUAACCAGCCCCCACGUUCUACCCCAGAGGUGGCUGCAUUUCAUCCUCGGUGGAAUCAGUCUCUCUCUGGUAUUUGUAGGGCUCCAUCCCCGUAGCGUUUCCCCCCAGUGUGUUCGGUGACGCUCUCGUUCUGUUUCCCAGGUGUCCCCGUGGAUCCCGCGGUGGGUGCUGGCUCCAAGCUGCGCCCGGCACCGGGGCAGGUGUCUCUGAUUUAGCCGCUCAGGGGGCUGGUCACUGGCAGGAUUUUCCCAGCUCCGGGUUCAGAAGCCGUCAGACUUCGCUGGACUCUGAGCCGCCCGCAGGGGGCUCCUGCUGGGCCGGGCGUCUCCGCUCUCCUGUGCUUCUGUCUGUGGGUCGAUGGGCCCAGGGAACCGAGCGAAGAGACCAUACAGCAGCAAUGGGAGCGUUGGAGCUUUGUCACCCCCUAGUGAUCAGUACCGUUACAGUUCUCCUUGGUACAGGAAAUGGCCUGUGGCUCUGGGCAUUGGGCUCCGGGGUGUGGGUGGGUCUGGGGAGGGGAAUGUGCACCCUGCAGGGCUGCUGCUGGGAUCCCAGCUGGGGUCAAUCGGCCGUAGCUCCACUGGAAUAAACUCAGAAACACCUAUUGACACCAGCUGUGGAUCUGUCCUGUAUGUCUUGGGCCUGACAAUAACAUUAAAGAAAAGUAUUUCUCAAGAUUAAUUCCUUGUGGGACAAUAUUUUUCCAUUUACAAAUGAAAGUUAAAUGCUGCAGUGCAGUAAU